CAGUUUGUAUGACAGAGAAAGAUAAGGAUGAGGAAAACCCCGGGAAGCCAAGUCAAGGCUUCCAGCAGUGUUAGAAGGAGCCUGAGCCAUGCGGUGAGGACUCCCAAGGCUGUGUCUGCUGCUGUCCUGCGCGUCCGGCUGGGAUUUCCAUUCCUUUAUGCCCAGGAAGAUGAAGUCCUCAGUGCAUUCUGAAGAGGAUGACCUUGUUCCAGAGCUGCAUAGAAACGUUCACCCCCGAGAGCGGCCCGACUGGGAGGAGGCACUGAGCGCGAUGGCCAGAGGAGCAGACGUGCCGGAGAUUCCUGGAGACCUCACCCUUAAGACGUGCAGCAGCACAGCCAGCAUGAAGGUUAAACAUGUGAAAAAGUUGCCCUUCACGAAGGGCCACUUCCCGAAGAUGGCUGAGUGUGCACAUUUCCACUACGAGAAUGUUGAGUUCGGCAGCAUACAGGUACAUUUGAGAUGUUUCCUACGUCCUGAACCGACGCCUGUGUCGGGGCAGGUGGCACUCGGAAGUAGUUUUCCCAUCGCUGUCUCACUGGUUGAGGUGAAAACUUCUGUCCUCGUCCGUGGACUAAGACUUGAUGCCAAGCAGACCUAAC